GAGCCACAAAGUACAUCGGAGAGAGAAGAGGGAGAACUGAGAGAGGAGAAAAGCCAGCUUCAGCCGGGAACAUCUCGAGCCAUGCUCUGCCCAAGCAAGCCUGCGGUGCCUGGGUGGCCCCAGCGUCCUGCCCGCCGACCGGCUGCGGAGGCACUAGACCAGGACAAGAGGGUCCUGUGAGCCAGUGCAGGAGAGGGGACCGAAGAGCUGACAGGCGCACAGCAUCUUGGAGGAAGAUUAAAAAACAAUGACUGAACAUGAAGAUUUUGCCGGCUUGGUUGGGCACUGGAACGGCUCCGACGCUUACCCGUUCAGCCCGGCCAGCAUCAUCGUCCCCGUGGUCUUCUCCCUCAUCUUUCUGCUGGGCACGGUCGGCAACAGCCUGGUGCUGGCCGUCCUGCUGCGCAACGGACAGACGGGUCAUAAUAGCACCAACCUUUUCAUCCUGAACCUCAGCCUGGCCGACUUCUUCUUCAUCAUCUUCUGCGUCCCCUUCCAGGCCACCAUCUACUCCUUGGAAGGCUGGGUCUUCGGCUCCUUCAUGUGCAAGGCGGUCCACUUCUUCAUCUACCUCACCAUGUAUGCCAGCAGCUUCACCUUGGCCGCGGUCUCUGUGGACAGGUAUUUGGCCAUUCGGUACCCCUUGCGUUCCCGAGAGUUGAGGACCCCUUGCAAUGCCGUGGCGGCAAUGGCGGUCAUUUGGAGCCUCUCGGUGAUCUUCUCGGGGCCCUACCUGAGCUACUACGACCUGAUUGAGUGGGAGACCAGCCACAUCUGCGUGCCAGGGUGGGAAGAGUGGAAGCGCAAGGUCAUGGACACCAGCACCUUCACCUUUGGGUACGUCAUCCCAGUCCUCAUCGUCAGCCUCUCCUACACCCGUACCAUUAAGUAUCUGUGGACCGCCAUAGACCCGCUGGAGAACAUGUCCGAGUCGAAGAAGGCGAAGCGCAAAGUGACCAAGAUGAUCAUCAUUGUGACGGUCCUCUUCUGCCUGUGUUGGCUGCCCUACCAUGUGGUCAUACUCCGCUACCUGUAUGGGGACUUCCCUUUCAACCAAACCACCUACGCCUUCCGGCUGCUCUCUCACUGCAUGGCCUACGCAAACUCUUGCCUCAACCCCAUCGUCUACGCCUUGGUCUCCAAGCACUUCCGGAAAGGUUUCAAGAAGGUCUUCAGCUGCCUCCUCCAGAGGAACGGCCGGAACAGAGUUCACGUCCUCCGUGCAGCCCAUACCAUGCCCGGCUUUGAAGCCGGUUCCACAGAAGUAUCUCAGAUGAACGAGGACAACAACGGGCACCUAAGUGGGUGUGAACUGGAUCCAAGGUCACUCAUGAUUCCAACUGGAUCCAGUAGACCUCUCCACAUUCCCUAAGCUUUCCUGAGCUGAAGGGAAACCUGGACAAACGGUCUGCCAAAUAUCUCCAUCAAGGCCAUUCCCCCCCAUGUUCUUCCCAUGCUUAGGCAAAUGCCCUGCAUACCCAGAGUAACUAUUCCACUAUAGCCUAACUCUUUUCAGGUAUAGGUCUAAGUACAAACAUGAGACACUGGAAAAAAGCAAUGUUUUAAAAAUGGGCAAGAUUCUAGGGCCUAUGCUAGUUGCAACUUCCUAUUGAAUUUCAGCUGUAAUCUCUCUGGUUGUGUAAACAGGAGGAUUUUUAAAAAUUAAAGUGUGUUUCUUAUCAUUGUGGCAUACUAACUACAGUUACAUGAAACAGAGCAUGAGAACAAUGUAAUUCCAAUCACGAACAUAAAACACCAAGAUAAGAACUGGGACUCCAAAGCGUUAGAAGAAUGGCAUCAAAUCCAUUUGUGGCAGCAGUGAGAUGAACCUACAAAAAUCAGCACAGGCAGGGCUAACAUUUCCAUGGUAAGCCGCUUGAAGCGAGAAACUUUCUUUCCACCUGUACUACUUGGCACUCCAAAACGCAAUAAGAGAAACUAAAAUGUAUAGCACAGAAGAGGGAGCAGACUACACCAAGUCCAAGAGAUCCACUGCCUGAUGGAUGAGCAAGUUCAACAAGGCUCUCAAAGGAAAAAAAAUCUUCUUUCAGAAAAUUGUACGCUGGCU